CAACUGGAAAGCAAAAGACGUGAUGCAAGAACAGCUAUAGCGAAAACAUUCCUGAAGGACAUAUCCAAAUCUUCAGCCUCUCCAGAUCACGUCCAGGUUGCUGCGUACACACAAGCCAUCAUGAGCACGCAAUUAGCAGCCGCAAACCCCACAACGACCACAACUGCAACAAGAAAAGCAUCAUCACAAUCUACAUCAGCCUCGGCAUCCCUACCCAAACCGCCCAAGAGCAUCCUCAAAAAGACCACCCCGCCAGCCCCCCAACCGAAAUCACCUCCAUCAUCACCACCCCCGCCCGCAACCUCCCUCGGACCAACCCGUUCUCAACUUCAACACCAACAAGACCGCCUCCGCCUCCUCCAACAACUCGCCCCCCCCGCCGUCCCCCUGGAAACAAUCGAACUCCUCACUCAACUGCCCACAUCCCCCAACCCACCCCCGGCAUCACACCCUUCACCCACCGACCGCGCGACUCUACUCACCCACCUCCCGCGGUUCCAGCCGCGCGAGUACCUCGACCUGAUCGAGGAGCGCACAAUCCUAGGGAAAUGCGGGUACGUGUUGUGCGGGCGGCCCCGGCGCGACCUGCGCAGCCGGUUUAAGAUCUCCACGCGCACGGGGAAUAUCGCGAGGACAGAAGACCUGAACAAGUGGUGCAGCGACGAGUGCGCGCGGCGGGGGAUGUAUAUCAAGGUGCAGUUGGAUAAUCCGAGUUUUGUGAGGGGCGAGGGGGGGAGGAGUGAGGUUAGGGUUGAGUUGUUGGUUGAUGAUGAGGAGGGGGGUCAAGGUAUAGGAGUUACGCAGAGAGGUUCUGCGAGGGGGGCUACGGAAGAUCAGGAGCAGCUUGCGAGGGAUAUGGCGAGGUUAGCGAUAGAUCGGGCGAAGAAGCAGCAGAAGCAGAAGCAGAAGCAGGGGCAGGCGAAUGCUCUGCUUGCUGCUGAGAGGGGUGAGGGAGGCUUUCUGGGCCAGGACGGCAGGGUGGAGGUUACCAUUCGCGAAAAGGCCACCACCGAUGAGCAGGUGGUUCCUCCAAGUCGGGAAGAUGACGCCGCCCAUCUGAUGCUGGAAGGCUACAAGACUACCUUCGGCACCGGGAGGAAGCCAGGAGAGAAGGCCAAUGGUGACUCGGAUAGAGACAGCGAUGAUGACGACGAUGAUUUCCCCACCAUUCGGUUAUGAGGUGGUGGAUGCCGUUAAGGGAUACUUGGGCGGUGGCGUUGACCGGUUACGAGGACAUCAAAAUGAUACCCGUCUUACCUAUACAUAGAAUACUGGGGCGUGAUAGUUCAGACAGCCUCACCUCGUAACACUACGAGUCUGAACCAUAGACCACCCCGACGGCCAAAUCAGUCACCAGGCGAGAUAGACCAGCGACAAUGCCUCGGUUCCGCAUGCUCACCACAGCCUUCAGAGGAAGGAUAAAAAAUUGGCGAUCAAGCGUCAUCCCCGGAAUUACCCAAGGGAAUCAGCGACACCUAGCGUGGGGCAACAGAUCUCUCAAUUUCCAGAGGACCUAUAGCGCUGCUCUCACUACCUUCCAGAAAGACGCCGUGUAGCCAUGCCCAUGUAACCAUCCCAU